AUGAGCAGCUACUUGGAGGAAAGGCUCCGGGAAGCUGCUGCUUUAGGCAAUCUCGAGGAGGUGCGGAUGCUGGUCCGUAACGGGGUGGCGUUGAAUGCUCAGAAUGAGGUCAAUGGCUGGACGUGCUUGCAUUGGGCAUGCAAGCGUAACCAAACUCAUAUAGUUAAGUACCUGCUAGACCAUGGAGCCGAUAAGGGGAUUUUUACAAAGAACAGAGAUCUGGCAGCACAUCUGACUUCAAAAAAAGAAAUCAGAAAACUUCUUGGAGCUCCUGAAAUGGAAGGUGGUGAUAAUCAAGAAGUGAAUAACUUAAAGCUGCUGAGUAUGGCAAACUAUCAAACCAAUGAAUUAUUUCCAGGGACUUACAAUCAAAAAGGGGAUGAUGCCACUCCUAUGGCUGCUCCACCCAAAGAAAACAAUGCUGCCAUACCUCAUUUAUCUGCUGGUGAUACUAGCCUUUGUUUAUCAACAGUUCAGGCAGAAAACAAUAGCAUGGCCAUUUCUUUGCACAAAGAAACCGAACUCCCUGGGAAACACUUUUGGGUUGAGGAGCUCAUUUCAUCCGUGGUUGCAGAAGCAUCCGAAGAUAUAAAGUCUAGAGUUCAAAGCUCUUGUCCCUCAUUUUCUUCAUCUACACAUCAGAACAGAGAUCACUUGACUUCAUGUCCAUCUACACAACAUAUGCCUAACCAAAAAAAUGGUGCCACAGUGGAGGCAGAGUCAGCGUUACAGCCACUGUUUUUCAAUGGAACAUUUCCAUGCAAUAUGCAUGACACAGAAUUGGUGCUUAAAGUAAGAGUUCAAAAUCCUAAAGAAUAUGACUUCAUUGAAAUUGAACUGGACAGAAAACAACUGACUUACCAAGAUCUGCUCAAUGUGUGUUGCUGUGAGCUGGGAAUUAAUUCUGAACAAGUGGAGAAAAUUAGAAAAUUACCUAAUACAUUAUUGAGAAAGGAUGAAGAUGUGGCCAGGCUUCAGAAUUUUCAAGAGCUGGAGCUAGUUUUAGCGAGAAGCAUCACAUCUUCUCUCAGAAAUGCUGCAGUAACAACACUGAUAGAAAAAACUUGCUACAACAUCAAGGCAGCCAACCUGAUAUAUUGAAGUUUAGGAUUUACAGGAAGGAUAGUCAAUAUUCUAUUUUAAGCUAUUAAAGCUAAUUUUUAAAGUUUUAUAUAUUUUCAGUUAAGAUGCAGUACUUUGUGUUUGUACUUAAUAUUGUUGGAGUUAACACUAAAUUCCUAAUCAGUGUAAGCACACCAGAAAUCUGUCAUAACUACUUCUCCAUAUGCAAACCAAAAAAUCCUGACUAAAAUGAUCACAGCUCUUUCAUUAGCAGGUUCUUGUUCCCUUAGACAAUUACUCUGAUCCUGUUGGCAUAAAUUAAAUCUGUUAUACAGUGGUA